UUGUUUUUAUCAUGGUUCAUUGAAAUUGUGUAUAAGCUGUAUAAAUUUGUUUAUUUUCAAUAGAAAAGAUGACGAACUUUGAGGUUCUUUUACAGAAUGAUGAAUUACAUUAUUCGAAUUGUAAGGGUCAAAGUAAUCUGCCAGUUUUCAUUAUUCGUUUUUAAUGGAUAAAUGCAAGUCUAGUUCGAGCUCCUAAUGAAAUAAUACUACCUGAAUUCUUUAGUGAGAACGGUGUCAAUAAACUCUACUGAGGUGUGCCAUAAGUACGUAAAUUAUAUUUGUGAAAGCGAAAAUUAAUAGGAGUAUUACUUAACAGUUGUUCGCAUUUCAAUCAGUGAAUGGAAAAAGCUAACAAUUCGAUUGAAACCAAGUAAAUAUGUGCAAAUUUCCUUAACCAUAUAAAGUUCUCCCUUCCGAAUAUUCUAGUGAAUGUUACUAGUCUAGUGGAUGUGGUACGGACCAGGUAGCACGAUGCCCCAGAGUGGGAUUAGUUGAGACAGUGGAAACAACAUGGCCGCCGAGAUGAGGUCCCCCAAUAUAUCAGUCACUCCAAUCAAUAUGGAGGUUUAUCACCAGCAUGUCCCCUCCUCGUCUUCAGGGGAACCACCACCGGAUGUCGCAGAUGCGGAAGUUGCCCGUAUCGAGUUCCAUAGUGCCUCCGUGAACAUGCGCAGUAAAAAUAAAGAAGACGAUGGGGAUCGUCCACCGCGGCCGAUGUCUUGGGAGGGGGAGUUGUCGGACAACGAAAGAGAUAUGUGCGUGGAUGAAGAGUCUAUAGAUCAGAUACCAGAAAACCUUUCCAUACCCCAGCAAACAAAACAAACAUCAACGAUCAUCUUAGAUUCUAAGGACAGCCCUAUACUAAGGAUGAAGCAACCUCCUAUGGGCAACUAUUCACUUCAUAGCACCCCCAGUCAUUCGCCCCUCCUAGGACAACGUCACCCCAUCACCGGUGUUCCGAUGAUAAGCCAUAAAGACAUGAUGCACAAAGCUCUCAACGUUCCACCUACCCCGAGUCCCGACUCUGCUAUUCAUUCCGCCUACAGUGUGUUCAGUUCGCCAAAUCAGAGUCCCCUUACUCAAAGACACAUAAACUUAACCCCAAACUUGAGUCGGAACAAUAGUGAUGCAUCGCAUUCCAGUUGUUGCAGCUAUUCUAGUGUUUCGGUAUCAGUGUCGCCCACGCAACAGUUUUCACCAACUCAUAGUCCGAUACAGGGUCGUCAUAUGCACAACAUCCAUGGUAGCCCACUCCAUCACAACGUACUUUAUCGAAGUCUUCAAGAAGAUUCACCCUCGCCUUAUUCGAACGAUAACGAUGGCCUGGAUGAAGUAGAAGAAAAGACUGGCCUAAUCCACACCUCACUGCCCGCUCAACCAGGCAUCUCAAGACAGCAACUCAUCAACAGCCCCUGUCCCAUAUGCGGCGACAAGAUAUCUGGUUUUCACUACGGUAUUUUCAGCUGUGAAUCGUGUAAAGGUUUCUUCAAGAGAACAGUGCAAAACCGAAAGAACUACGUUUGUCUGAGAGGCGCUUCUUGUCCAGUUACAGUGGCUACCAGAAAAAAAUGUCCAGCGUGCAGGUUCGAGAAGUGCUUGCAAUGUGGCAUGAAACUGGAAGCCAUCAGAGAAGACAGGACCAGGGGUGGUCGCUCAACAUACCAGUGUUCAUAUUCUCUUCCACCGUCGUUAACAAAUCACUCCGACUUCAGGAAUAGUUCCUCGGAUAUGAGACAUACUAUGAAUGACCAUUCUUUAACUGUUAAAUUAGAACCUUCAGAAUUUAGUCAUUCUCACCAUCGGCGAAGUGCAAUCCCAGGCUCAAAAGGAGUCCCACCAUUAUUGCAGGAAAUAAUGGAUGUGGAGCACCUUUGGCAUUAUAAUGAAACUGAACUUCAAAAACUCAACACUGAAGGACACUUGGGCAAGGAGAGCGGAAGUGGCGCAGUACAUAAUUUGGCCAAUCAUCCUCUUCUAGCUGGUACAGCUAUAGCUUCAUCUGAAACCAGUCCUGACUUUGUUGCUAAUCUUUGCCAUAUAGCUGAUCAUAGACUGUACAAAAUAGUCAAAUGGUGCAAAAGUUUGCCAUUAUUUAAAAAUAUUUCGAUUGAUGAUCAAAUUUGUCUUCUCAUAAAUUCAUGGUGUGAGUUACUCUUAUUCUCUUGCUGUUUUCGAUCAAUGUCAACUCCAGGAGAAAUAAGAGUGUCACUUGGAAAAAGUAUCACUUUAAACCAAGCUAGGGAAAUGGGUAUGCAACCGUGUAUAGAAAGAAUGCUGAAUUUUACUGAACAACUUAGGAGGCUAAGGGUAGACCAAUAUGAGUAUAUUGCAAUGAAAGUUAUUCUACUUUUAACUUCUGAUACUUCUGAAUUGAAAGAAGCUGAAAAGGUUAGAAUAUCUCAAGAGAAAGCAUUGAAAGCUUUACAAGAUUAUACCCUAAUUCAUUAUCCAGAAAGUCCUUCUAAAUUUGGGGAGUUAUUACUUCGAAUACCUGAACUACAACGAACCUGUCAGGUUGGGAAAGAAAUGCUAACUAUAAAAUCAAAAGAUGGAGAAGGACCUAGCUUCAACUUAUUGAUGGAGCUUCUACGUGGGGACCACUAAACAGUGCCUUAUAAGCUUAGGUGGUGGGGUCAUAUUUACAGACAGUAUUGCUUAUUACUAGUUGCUUUAAGUGAAACUAUUUCGUACUUAGUUAGGAUAGUGCUGGACACUUGCCUUUCCCUAUGAUCUAUGAAAGGGGAUGAAUUUAUAAACACCAAGAACAUCGAAACGGUGCAUAUUUAUUAUGUAUUUAUAAAAUUGCCACAGACUGAAUGUUGAUAAUUACUUAUGAACAACUCCAAUUUUAAAACUCGUAUCAAGUUGUUGAACAUUAUAUUUAAUCAUCAGAUGUGAAAAUAUAAACAAUCAUUAUUAUAAAAAAUGUUUCGGAUACUUUAAUAUUAGAUCUCAAUUUGAAUAAUUAGCUUUUUGUUGUUUUUGAAUGAUCAUUAUAUGCUCAUUAAUAUUGAAAGUUGCCAUAUUGGAGCUCAUUAGUAUUGAUUAAUUUACUUGAUUCGUUUUCUCAAAUAAUUUGUUUCUGAAAUGAGAUUAUAUUCGGAUUCAAUAUAUCUUGGAAUAAAGUCAAAAUAAUGAAGAAGUAUUUCAACAUUUUUGGAAAAUCUGAUCAUUUCAGUUACAUGGUUUUACCUUGGUUUAAUGAGAACCUUGAUGCAAUAAAAUGUACGAAAAUCAUUCCAAUAGCAUGACAAGGAGAAUGUUUUCAAACUGCAAAUAUUUCUAUCAAAUGAAAAUUGUUUUUUCAAUUAUAUAUAGAUAUAGAAAAUAUCUCAUUGAACUAUUGUUGUAAAUAGUUCUACACUGACAAUUUUCUUAAUUUAUUUACAUUUAAGUAGAAUGAAAAUCCUUAUUUUUAUAGUUUACUACACUUAUAUAUAUAUGAAACUGGGAACAAGUUUAUCCUAUACUUGUACGGUAUCAAUCACAAAAAUUGGGGAUAAAUCGUUGCAUCAGUAUUAUAGUCAAUGUGUUUUAUACUUUUAUAAACGAAAUGCUGUUCAAUGUUGUCGUCAAUUGUCAAUUUUUGCAAGAAUUCUAGAAAUUGAAUAUCUAUAAGAUAUUAUUGAUUUGUAGAUAAAAUUUUUCCAUUUCUUCCAAACUAAAUGAAUUACUUCAUUGAGCGCUUUGUCAUGAAGAGUUAGAGAGGAUGAUUUUUGUAGAGAUACGUCUUGAAAUUCUUCAAUGAAUUGAAUAAAAAUGUACCUUGUUAUCCAUAUUCAUCCUAUCACAAUACAGGGUGUCCAAAUUUAUGUGCCCAGUGAUUGUAUCACUUGUACUUAAGGAUGUUAAAAUUUUCAUGUUGAUAUUAUUCGUACUAUGUAAAUUAGUCAUAAAUUUUUUUUAUAGAACAAUUCGAAAAAUUAAUUAUUACAUUCACAGAAUGUUUACAGUUACAGUUUUCGUCUUAAAAAAUCGUUGAAUUUUUAUUUGAGUUUAGAUUCUGCUACUUUUUAAAGAGUUUGCAAGUUAAAAUCUUGGAUCUGUUUUGUUUGAAUGUUAUGCAAAUAAUUUGUUGUUAAAUCCAGUGUCAAUAUUUAAUAAAUUAUAAGACUUUAAGGGAGGCCUUCAAUGGCUGCAUCAAAUGCAGUAUUAGCCCUUUUUACUUUUGUAUUUAAUUUUGUUAGUGAUUUAUACGAAAUGUAAUAAAUUAUAUUGAUGAA